AUGGGCGCUGACAAAGCAGCCAUGUGGGGCAAAGCAGCCCCGCCGGUGGACACAGCCGCGCUGGCUAAAACAGCUGCGCAGUCUGCACUAACAAGGCAAUGGUCUGGCCGGAGCUGCCAACCUGGGCUCUUGCCUGGGUCUGUAACUCUGGCUGGCUCUCAGCAAGGCAGCAUUUUCCUGGUUUGUGUGCUGCUGAAGUCUCAGAGUGAAUUGCUAUAUCUGAUUCAGAGAACCAAGGAGGUGGUGCCCCCAGAAUCCUCAGUGCCUGAUGCACUUUCCAGAUGGGACAAGCAGUUGACACAAAGCAGAUCCAUGAACGUAAGUGGAAACCACACCUCUGUGACCAUGUUUGUUCUCCUAGGACUCUCAGAUGACAAAAAGCUUCAGCUCAUCCUCUUUCUAGUCUUCCUGGCAAUCUACCUUGUGACCCUGAUGUGGAACCUGGGCCUUAUCAUCCUCAUCAGGAUGGACUCUCACCUGCACAUACCCAUGUACUUUUUUCUCAGUUUCCUGUCAUUUAUAGACAUCUGCUAUUCUUCUACCAUCAGCCCAAGGAUGCUUUCAGACUUCUUAAAAGAUGAGAAGACAAUUUCCUUCUUUGCCUGUGCCACUCAGUAUUUUGUUGGGUCCUGGAUGUGUCUGGCUGAGUGCUGCCUCUUGGCUGUCAUGGCCUGUGACAGAUAUGUGGCCAUCGGCAGUCCUCUGCAGUACUCAGCCAUCAUGGUCCCUGCUAUCUGUUGGAAGAUGGUGGCUGGAGCCUAUGGGAGUGGAUUUGUUAGUAGCUUAGUUCAAACAGUGCCUUGCUUUAAUCUCUACUACUGUGGGCCAAACAUCAUCCAACAUUUCUUCUGUAACAUACCUCAGAUUAUUUCCUUGUCUUGUUCUAAUCCCUUUAUCAGCCAAAUGGCUGUUUUUCUGGUAGCUAUUUUUGUUGGGUUGGGCUCUUUGCUUGUUAUCCUUGUGUCCUACGGUUUUAUUGUAGCUUCGAUACUGAAAAUGUCAUCAACUAAAGGUAGUGCCAAGGCCUUCAAUACCUGUGCCUCCCACCUAGUAGCUGUGACUCUCUUCUACAGCACAGCCCUUUCUGUGUACAUGCAUCCAAGCUCUAGCCACUCCAUGAAGCAGGAUAAGGUGCUCUCAGUAUUCUAUGUUACCCUUAUCCCCAUGUUAAACCCUCUGAUCUAUAGUUUGAGGAACAAGGAAAUCAAAGUGGCCCUCAAGAGGGUGAUAAAUGGGGCAACACAUUUACAUUAGUAAGAACAAUAUUUGGGUAGAUAUUGCUAUUGUUAUAAGGAAGAUAGAAGCAAGAAUAUGUAAAUGACUCUGUAGGUCACAAGAAUAGCUAGGUAGAGAGAAGAAGUAUAACCUUUACUUCCUGGAUGUCUGGUGCCAUUGUGGUCAGCCACCACCAAGUGAUCUGUUUGAGACAGUGUCACUGACAUUGAAUACAGUUUAAAAAGUCAGUUUUCAUGAUUAGAACCCAGGUA